ACUAACCAGAGAGAAACCCCAAAUUCUCCAGAGAGAGAGACAACGAAAAAUGAGUUUGAGAGAGAUGAGCGAGACAAAAUCGUUGGUAUUCAAGAGAAACUCUGACUUCGAAGGAUCAAACAUCAAGAGGAUAAGACUCGACGACGAUGACGAAGACGUUCUACGCUCACCGACGAGAACUCUUUCUUCUUCUUCCUCUUCUUCUCUAGCUUACUCGGUUUCAGAUUCCGGAAAUUUCUGCUCCGCCGCUUUAUCCGAAGAAGACGAUCACCAAAGCUCAAGCAUCAGCUCCGGUUGUACCAGCAGUGAAACUAACGAAAUCGCUGCAAACACUCGUCUUCCAUGUUUAGAUCUGGAGGCUCAAAAAAUCUCCGAAACCGAAACCGAAACCUCAACGUUAAUCACCAACAAUUUCAGAAAACAGGGAAGUCCGGUAAGCGAGAAUCAGGGAGAAACAGCUGAAAUGGACUCGGCAACUACGACGGAGAGGAGGGAACAGAGAAAGGCGGAGAUGAAGACGAAGAAGAUGGGAAAAUCACCGACGCAGGCGGAGAUUGACGAUUUUUUCUCGGCGGCGGAGAGAUUCGACCAGAAACGAUUCACAGAAAAGUACAACUACGACAUCGUUAACGAUACGCCGCUUGAAGGUCGGUACCAGUGGGUUAGUCUGAAGCCAUAGAAAGAAAGAAAGAAAGAGACGAAGAAGAAGAAGAGACAAUGCUAAAGUUACACGUACUAGUACUGUGAGUUUUUGUCACAGACAGAAAGAGUAUCAAAAAGUUUAGGGUUUUUUUCUCAAAUCAUCAUCUCUUUCAUUCUCAUUGUGUACAGUCUUCUAAUUUUAAUUCCCUCAAAUCUUUUUAACUUCUUCUGCGUACCAAUGACAAUUUUUUUUCUUCUUCUUCUUCAAGAGGUUAUAUAAAAAAAAUUUGAAUUUUGGUUA